GUGGGAGUUUUAGUGACUAGUUUAAUAUACAUGUAUAUGAUGUACCAAGUACAGAUAAACUAUUAGAUCUACUCUGGUAUAUCAUUGUAUAUCACGGGUUGAGAGCCUCCCUCACAGCUGAGUAAUGCUUUCUAUCAUCUCCUCUCAGCUCCAGUGACUAAUUUCAUGGUCCCACAGCAGCAAUUAUAUGCUCAGCUCAUUCUGAAUAUUUUAUCAGCCAUUACAUGAAGUGAUUUUGAUUGUUCUCUGUUGGACUGUUGGCGGAGCCACUGAGCUAUAUUCGUCCUGUUCAUGAGUCUAUUGCCGUCUACAAACAUGGAGGUAUUUUUGGAGCUGUUAAGACACUGUGUUUCCACUUGUUUUGUCACACAUUCCAUGGGUGAAUGGGAGGUGGUAUAAACCAGAACGUUGGGCUCAGACUUCACUUGAAGUGGUCACGGUGAUAUCCGCAUUACACCCCAGCCACUGUAAGAGAGACAGCCAGUGACACAUUGUGAAAUCGCUAAAGCACAGAUCGCUAGCAAUCCCACCGUACAUCCUUGUCAGUCGCUGAGCAUUCAGUUCUGAGCUAGUCUUGAUUCACUGUGGAAUAUUUAUUUUGUGCUUAAGAUGAUUGUCCUUCGUGAGGAAGAUUUUCAUAAGUUGGUGGAGGAGUUUACCCGUUGCCUUACUCCUCAGGGACAGGUGGCAUCGGCCAUAGAAUGGAAGACGGCUGUCAAGUUUUUGAUGGCACGCAAGUUUGAUGUGCGCCGAGCUGUCGAUUUAUAUCGAAUGCACGAGAGCAUUCGUACCAGGGAAGGGUUCCACUUGAUCAAUGCUUCAGAUGAAGAUCUCCGUAAAGAACUAGAUACUGGAAAACUCACAGUGCUGCCGAGUCGUGAUCUAAAUGGAGCAGCUAUAGCCUUGUUCACAGCCCGCCAGCACUUCCCACCUCUCUCCACCCACCAGCUUGUUCUCAAAGGACUGGUCUACCAGCUAGAUGCCGCCUUAGAAAGUGUGGAAACGCAGAGGAAUGGUCUGGUGUUUAUAUAUGAUAUGACGGAUUCUAAAUACAGUAAUUUUGAUUAUGAGCUCAGCAUCAAAAUAUUAACUAUGCUAAAGGGUGGGUAUCCAGCCAGACUAAAGAAAGUAUUAAUAGUCACCGCACCUCUCUGGUUUAAAGCACCUUUCAAAAUCCUGCGGCUCUUUGUUCGAGAGAAGUUAAGAGACAGGGUGUUUACUGUGAACAAGUCCCAGUUGCCCAAUCACAUCCCCCGAGACAGUAUUCCUGAGCACCUGGGUGGAGGUUUGAAGAUUAAUCAUAAAGCAUGGCUACAGGUCUGCUUGUUAGUGGCUGCCAAUCAGAACCCCGAUAUGGACAGCUAUUUUAUCAGCCGGGGUCUUCACGGAUCGCUACGCCAGACCAGUAUGUCAAGUGUGUCCAGUGACACGGACAAUAACGUUGUGUUCAGUGAUUUCGAGUCAGAGGGCUCACGUGAAACUGUAAGUGAAAAACACAACCACGAGGAGCGCGAAAAGGAAAUGCAUGAUGCUCUGUUCUUGAACAGUGACACUGAAAAGGAAGUGGCUGUGGAAAAAGAGGACUCACAACAUUUCAACUACAAAAGGAGCGGUCUGACAGAAGCCAGCAGGAAGCGCUCCUCAGACAGCUCCCCUUCAGACUCUUACCCCGGGGACGUUCCCCCACCCCCACUUCCCAGGAAAAAGCGCCCUCCAUCGGGGCCCAACAUUUUAGAAGACUCUAUUCAUUUGCCAGAUUCAGGAGGCAUGACUCUAGAGGAGCUUAUCAAUCACAUAAAGACAUUACGCAAGAGUGGGCUGUUCCAAGAAUAUGCAAAAAUCAAAAUGGAAGCACCCGCUGGAACGUUUAAUACUUCAAAAGCUAAGCACAACUUAGCAAAGAACCGCUACACAGAUGUGUUGUGUUUUGAUCACUCACGAGUGAUUUUACCCACGACGGAUGAUGAUCCCAGCACGGAUUACAUCAAUGCUAACUUUGUGGAUGGCUACAAACAGAAAAAUGCCUACAUCUCCACGCAAGGACCACUUCCAAAGACAUCAGGGGACUUCUGGAGGAUGGUUUGGGAUCAACAGACUCGGGUGGUCGUCAUGACAACAAAAGCAGUAGAGAGGGGACGUAUGAAGUGUGGUCAAUACUGGCCUAAUGAAGAGGAGACCGAUGACCAGUAUAGUGAAUUCCUGGUGUGCAACCGAGCAAUCGAACAAUACAGAGACUAUACAGUCACCUCUCUCAUCUUACACAAUACAAAGACGGAGGAGUCCAGGGAAGUUAUACACAUACAGUUCACAGGCUGGCCAGACUAUGGCAUACCUCACUCCGCUUCGGCUUUCCUAGACUUCCUGUUCAGCGUCAGAAAAUACCAAAGCGAAUGUACCAAGGUCAUGGGGUCAGCGUGGAAAGGUCACCCGAUGGGCCCGCCUAUUGUCGUUCAUUGUAGUGCUGGGAUAGGUAGAACAGGUACUUUCAUCACAAUGGACAUAAAUCUUCAUCGCCUUCACGAUGAAGGUGUGGUGGAUAUCCACGGGACAGUGUGCCGGAUCCGCUCCCAGAGAGCCUUCAGUAUCCAGAUGCCAGAUCAGUAUGUCUUCUGUCACUUGGCCAUAAUUGAGUAUGCUCAGGCAGAGGGCCUUCUGCUCAAUGAGGUGGACUUGGCAGGGUUUGAGAGUGACAGUGACAGCGAGGGUUAGUGCCGUGGAUAUAGGACGAAUACAGCUCACUUAGUUCGGAGUAAUCAAGGAAAGGAGCAGUGCCAUUGGCAGUGUGUUUCUCAGGAACGGAUUUCUUUGGUCACAGUGCAGCCAUCGAUCACCAUUUUGAUAUUGUACCCCCAUUUAUAUUGGUUGCUGUAAAUAAGACCGAAAUCAUUCCAUAAGCCCCUACUUGCCAUGGAUAGACCCUUAUGUGCUGAUGUCUUCACAGUCCUUUGUGUAAGAUGAACACAGAAAUUGUUAGGGCUCUACUAUGUACAUGUACACACAAUAACAUGGUGGACAUUUGAUGCAGUGUUACACCAAGGUGCUCUGAAUUUCCUGUUUGGGUUGAACUGGCACCUACAAUAUUGACAAACACCAGUAUGCAGUGGAGUAUGCAGAUCAGCUGUCACUGAAGCUUUUUUUCAGUACACUUUUACAUGAGCCUGUUUUAUACAGUAUAUAUUGCCUGUUGGAAUCGAGUCAGCUAUUGAAUUAUCAUGACACCUGAGUGAGUGAGUGAUGGAUCAUGCUGUUCAUUUAGAUUUAGAGGUCACAAUCAGUCUCAUACCAAAGCUACAGCCUUUUUAUUGGGUUAAUAAACAGGGUGUUGUUAUUAUAGGUUAGAUCUACUGCAAGCUGCAAAGUUUCCGUGUGUUCAAUUCAGCACUUGAUUUUCAGCUGUGAUUUAGACGUCUUAUUCUCAGAGCCGUACGUUAUUUUAAUACUUGCCUCUCGGCUUGAGACUACAUCUUACUUCUCAUCCUUAACAUCAUUUAUUUCCAUACACCUACCUUUAUUCUAUCUUUUUUCCAUCUUAUCUUUCCUAUGAAGUACUUCGCCUUAUUUAUUAGAUAUGGACAUAAGCUUUAAUAGAGAAAAAAAAACUGAAAUACACUAUUUUGUUUAUGUGUUACCUUUGCUUUAGCACAAGUUUGUUGUCAGUCAGUAUUCAAAUGACAUACAGUUCAGUUCAUUAGCACUGCCUGUUAGAUGUGAAUAGGUAUCCACAGGGAAUGUAUGAUUUCUCUCCCUUGCACAUGAUAAUGCUUUCUGUUUUAGUCCCGGUACACCCACUAGAUACAUGUAAUUUUUUGCAUCAACGAAAGAAAAGAACAGUGGAGUUUUCCCUGGUAUGAUUAUGGCUCUGGCCAUCAUUUGCAAAUAUUGGUGCUUCAUUUUAUUUUAUUUUAUUUUAAUCAUUUUCUUGUCAUGUAUUUAUCUUUGAAAAUUUGGAGUUGAUGUUAUGAUCUUUGACAGUAUGUGAUGGGGAAAUCAUGUAAAGCGCACAUUUAUCCAUGCAGUUUUCAGUAGUGUAGUAUAAAAAAUUUUAAGUUUGUUGACAUCUAAAUAUUUUGGCUACAGAUACGAGAUGUCCUCAAGUCAUGUAAUGCUUAAUCAUGUGGGACAAGAUUUAGAAUAAAUCCUUAGCUAUUUAGUGACCAACAUGUUCAGAUUUUUACACAUAAAAUGUGCCAUACUUAGACUUUGAUCAUUUGUGAUUUGGCCCUCAUUCGACUUUUAUUUGUUUGUGCAAAUCACAGUACAUGAAGCACUAAAUGGCUAUGACUUCAUAUGGUGGAGGGUGAGCCAGGUACUGUAAUUUUUCAACCUUUUCAACCACUAAAGCACUUUUUUCAGUUUAAUUUAUGCAAUUAAUUAUUAUGAAAAUGAUGCUUAAAUGAUUGUUUGUGUCAUUAAAGAUGCAGGCUUCAUGAAACUGUGCAGAUUAUUUGUCUACAUCCCAUAGUUCUCUCAGAAUGUUCGAAAAUAAUGUUUUAAAAGGUUGAAGAGUUACGUGGUAUUAUCUUCCAGACAAAACUAUGGAGCGAGCUGCGUACCUGUAUGACAAAGUAUAUUCUCCGAGUUAAUGUUUUAGUUUGGGAGUUAGCCAAUGACCUUCCAAAUCCCUGUUUUUCGUGACAAAAUAUUUGGCCUAUGCCCCGCUGCUUUUACAUACAUUUGUAUGCACUUAAUUUUCCUUUACAUUCUUUAUUGGUGACCAGUCCUACCUUGCAGUGUAUUUUGUCUGCAUUGGGCCUUUUCAUUGCUGUUAAAUUAUAAAUGUUUCAUGAAUAGAGGUAGAAGACAGAACCAUCUAGUAAGAUAUGUGAAAAUGUUAAGAAUGAAAAAGAAUAGGUCACCUUAUUAGAGUAGCUGUAAUAAUUAAUAUAAAGGGUGGUAUGUACUUCAUGCGAUUUUUUUAAUAUGGAGAGUUUUAAUGGCAAUUUUUGUGGUAAGUGUCUGUUCUCAGACACUUUAAAAAUGAUACUGUUUUCUGUUCUGUUGAUUAUUAGCUCAUUGUGUGAUCUGAGAGUUUUUAUAUGAAAUGUUGGUAGUAUAGCUUGCACCUGUGGAGUGUGUACGGUGUGCUGUUAAGUACUACUGUUAUUAUAGUCAGAGGGUGUGUUCAAGUGGCGUGCAAUGCAUAGAAUUUACCCGGUUGACCAAAAAAGAAGUUGUGUGGAGAAAAUGCUUUCAGUAAAUUGAAUAUGGAAAUCGAGACAUGGACGAUGGGUCUCAUCACCAUUUGUUGUAAGGUUUUCUAAACUCGUAUUGGAAAAAGGUACAAUUUGGGCAGCGUUUAUCAUCAGCAUGCAUCAAAAUGUCAAAGUUGUUAUCUGAGAGCAACUUUUGGCAUAGAAACAGUAUAUCGCUGCCCCAUAAUUACUUCACUGCUUACUUAUGCCAGUGCAUUCUGGGAAAAACUUUGGCACCAUUUUUGUUUGUUAUCUGGUUUGUGAAAAUUGUAGGUUUUCUGAAACUGCUUUAAUUUUAUCACAAGUUAACUGUUGUGUGCCAGAUCGUGUAUCAACAGCUUAGACUCCUUCCCAAACAUAGUAACGAGGUAUGAACAUGGCUUUCACCAACAAAUGUUUGGCCGCAAACGAUUGAUGGUGUAAUUAGGUUUUGGGGGGUUUGACUUUCAUGACGUCCCGUAUAUGAAAUCUUACAAUACAGCUGUACCUAUUUGGUUGUAGGAAGGGUUAAAACUUCUAUCUACACUAUCUUCUGAGUUGUAAUGUUCAGCUAUUAUUUGAGAAAUCAACUUUGAUGUGUAAAUUGGCGAAGUGUUUAGAUAUCACCUUAUCAUUUAAGCCUGUUGUGUGGGUUAAAGUGUUUUAGGGUCAGAUCUGUGAGUAGGCUAGAUCGUGUUGUUUUACUGUAGAGAUGGGUAGACCUAGCGUGCAGCGUCGCUGAUUUCAGCUUUGUUAACUGUUGUCAUUGUUUAUACUGUUAAUGGUACACUUUUUGUGUAAAACUUUAUUAGAUGGUUGCUGUUUUUUUUUUACUUAAGUAACUAUCUAAUGUUAAAUCUGGCAAAUAAGAAGAAACAGCUUUAUUAUAUUACUUUGCGCUUACUUUAGCCUCUGUUAAACCUGUCAUGCAAUUCUUAUGCUGUAUAGGUUAUGUAAAUAUCAAAUAUCCCAGAGUAUAUGUAUGCGAUUGUUUUCUUGACACAUAAAGCAUUGUAUAUAUCAUAUUAUUAUUAUUAUUAUUAUUUUGUGAUUAAUUCAUCUUGAUUUUCAUAAAUCAUUUGUAGUCGGCUGAUAAUAUUUAAUGUGUUCUUCCACAUAUUUAAGCAUGCAAACUGAAAGAUACUGUGUUACUUGGUUCUGAACUUUGUCAACAGCCGCUACUUAACAAAAUCCUUUGUAAUUAAAACUGUAUACCUGAAUUUACUGUCUUACCAUCUCAGUCCUUUGAGAAGUCUGAUUUUUCGCACAUGUACAUUUUGAUUGAUUGCGACUUUUGAAUUGAUGUCUGUCUUAUAAGAAUUAGAUUGUUAUUGAAGCUGUAUUAUUGAACAAUAUUGCUUCACUGGGAGGAAAGGUAGGCCUGUGGCGUCCUUAUUGUCACUUUUUGUGGGUCUUAGUUAACGAAACUGGUGUUGAAAAUUUACGCGGUCUAAAGUUUGUUGAAAACCCACUCUUUCUUCUACAGGUAUGGUCUGCUCGUCUAUACAUCACAAGUGGGAAUAUAUGUCAGUA